UCAAUUGUUGUACAUUUAAAUUCAGAAUUCUAAAGUCGAGUGCAGUCAAGUUAUCCGGAAAAUACGUAAAGAGUAAGGUAGAGUUAGUGAAUUAGCUAAUCCAUAAGGGUGUUUAACAAAUUUACCCUUUUAUCAAUUCUUACGUUACCGGAGAGUCGGUCAUGGAAUGGAACAAGGGUCCCUAUAUCACCAGAGCCGCGGAGCAGAGCAUCACCGCGCAAGAUAGAAAUUAGACCAGGAACAGAAGCACUCGGGCACCAUAUUCCUGAUUCUUACAAAUUGCCUCCUUCACUAGGCGUGCACACGUUGUUUUUGUUUUUUAGAGAGGAAAAAACAGAACCCUAAUCCGACGAGGCUCCAUUUUCGGUGACAACUCUUAUCUUCUGAAUUCUCAGAAUCAAGGUAAAGUCGAUAGAAACGACAAUCAUGUCGGCUCGGUUGCUGAGAAAAGUUUUAGAAGAACAAGAAAAACAACAUAUAUUGGCCGAUCCUGAACCGGUGCUCAACGAAGACGAUUUUGACUCGUCCUAUUUGCACGCUUCUUCACGAAACCCAUUUGAUCUUCUUGACGACGACCAGUGAGGAGGACAAGAACUAAUGAGAGGGGCUUUGAUUAUCAAACCAUCUUAACUAGAAAUACGAUGAGGUCAACAAGGUUCCUUGGAUUUAGAUGGAAUGCAUAAACGCAAUAGUCUCUCUACAGUAUGAUGGAUGUUAAAGAUAAUAGAUAAUUAUGAGUACUGCAUCAUAAUGCGGAUUUUCAACAUUAGAUCAGUAUUAGAAGAGGCUGGAAGCUUACACCUAGAGGUGUUCCUCGAGGUAGAUGAGCUGGAAGAUGCUGAUGGGACCUUGACAAAAGAUGAUGAACAAGAGCCUUCUCUUGUCAAGAGUUCUGUUGAGGUGCUUCAGUCAUUUAAUCACAAAUCUAGUAGAAAAAACAAGAAGAAGAAGAAGAAGAGGAGCAAGGAGGAUCAAACUUCUACUGCUGAAAAAGCUAAAGAACCUCUAGAUCUUACUCUAGAAACUCUAUCAAUUUGUAGAAACCCUUCAUUUAAUCAGUCUGGUUUUAUGAAAGCAAAAACACAAAAUGCAAAAAUUGGAGAAAAUGCAGUCAAACAAUGCACACUACCCCUGCUAAUGGUGGAUCCCAAAUUUUUGAGGGCUGAAAAUGAGUUGCGGAGGAUUUUUGGUUCUAAAGUUGUGAAUUCAUUUGAGAAUAGCAAUAAUGGUGGUAGUUUGAGGCAGAUGCGUGGUGGAAGACGUGGAAGUGUCAACCAUAGAAAAACAAUUCUUGUUUCUCCGUCAGCCCAUUGGCCUCGUUGGGAUGGAUCACUGUCCAUGGAAUUUCUGGAGACUAAAGAUGGACAACACUUUUUUAAGUAUGUGCAUUUGUCUUCCUAUAUCCAAGCUCAAAAAGCAUUUGAAGCUGCCAAAGCAACCCACGAUCUCAAUGGCAUAGCAAGUAUCUUGAUAUAUCAUCCUUAUCACAUAGAGUCCCUUUUAACUAUUGCAGAGGUGUUAAAAUUCUCUGGAGAACAUCAAUCAUCAGCAGAUGCUAUUGCCAAGUGUCUAUAUGCGUUGGAGUGUGCAUGGAAUCCUCUGUUCAAUCCCUUGCAAGGUAAUUGCCAACUGAAAUAUAGCCUUGAGACGAAUAGACCACUUUUCUCGGUUCUUUUUGUUCACAUGCAAAACAUGGACAGGCGUGGCUGUCAUCGAUCAGCUCUUGAAGUAUGCAAAUUGUUACUUUCACUGGAUUCUGAUGAUCCGAUGGGUGCAAUGUUCUGCAUUGAUUACUUUGCUUUGAGAGCACAGGAAUAUGCAUGGUUGGAAAAGUUUUCCGAGGCCUACCAAAGUGGUAACUCCCUAUGGCUUUUUCCAAACUUCUCAUAUUCCCUUGCCAUUUGUCGAUUUUAUCUUGAGUAUGAGGUUUCCUCCAAAAAUACUCUGUUGGAGACUGAAAAGGCUACUUCAACUGAUCUAAUGAAGCAAGCUUUGUUGCUUCACCCUUUGGUCCUAAAGAAAUUAGUGGCCAAGGCACCAUUAAAGGACCCAGCCUGGACAAAGAUACUGAAGCAUUCUUUCUUUGGAUCCGCUCAUGCUGGAAGCCCGUCCUUGGAUCACCUGAUAAAUAUAUAUGUAGAAAGGAAUUAUAUCAUUUGGAGGUUCCCAGACCUGCAAAAAUUGUUGAGAGAUGCUGCUCGACUGGUAAUUGAAACAUUGGAUUCUAAUGGAAGUGAUGCUAAAGAUUGGGCGUGUGUUAGGAAGGAAGCUUUUCCAUCUGAAAAAAAUGAGUAUUCCCAUUUGUUGGUCUCGGAUUUCUCUGAUACGGUGGCAACAAUGCCACCGGAGGACUUGCGGCACUUAAUGAUUGACCCUAGGAUGGCGGAACCUGUACAGAAUGGAGAUGGUAUCAUCAAUAUAGGGGGGGCUGCCCAUGCUCCGCGUGAAGUCAUGAAUCGGAAUCCACUGGUUGUGUUCCUCGAGUCGAUGUUACCAUGGAUUGAUUAUGGAGCUGCUAAUGUUGAUGAGCUUGAUGACCAUGAUCGAGAUGAUGAAAAUUAAUGGGAAAAUUUUGGAUAAAGGACGGUCAAAGUAGAGAAAAUGUUGCGCAAUUUGUUAGAUGAAAGCCGAAAAACAUUACAGAGGAGCUAACCUCACGUCACGCGUGUGUGAACAUAUUGGAAGCAUUCUUCCUGUGUAAUCUAUUGCACAUGUUUGCUUAAUCAUGCGGGUCAGUCAACGUGUUGCUUGCUAUUCGCCUAUUCCUAUGUGGGAACACCAAACAUGCAGGUCAGGAAAAUGUUUUGAUGAAUUUUAGUUAGCAGAUUACAACAAUUUAUCCGAGUGGGUAAUCAAGUAAAUGUCAAGGACAUGCAUUUGGGGUGUAACUUUUGUUUUAAUAAUCCUAGGACAUUUAAAUGGAACAGCUCCUUGUCCUC